AUGCCACACAUUUUACCAACGUGCAUCGCAGAACUGGUAUCGGACGCUGAAAGUGAUGGUGUCUCCUUUUGUACUCCCGCGAGCGGUGACUCAACCUGCGCCGGACGACGCAUGGUGGAAGGAUUCAUUGUCGCAGCAGCCGUUAAACAUGCUGAUGAUGGCUCCUGGAUUCAAGUAACCGGCUGCAUCGACCCUACAAAGUCUUCACUCGACCCCUCGGACACGGGGGGCCAGAUGGAUGUGCGUUUCCCUAACGGUGCUCAAUGCACGUUCGGUGGAUAUGGCGCAAGCUUUAUUGAGUUGUUCGUGCUAUGCAUUCUGCUCGUUUACGUUGCACUAAUGCGUCCUCUCUCUUUCCACGUUGCGUCAGAAUCGAGCCCGCGACAAACCGGUUCUGUCUACGUUGCUGCGCCUCCGCAAAUGAUCAGGUCAAUUGCAAUUCGCACAGAGACCGAGAGGGGUGUCCGAAUGCUAUCCCUGGAACAUACGAUUUCCCCGAGCUCGGUGCCAGUUGCUCGUAACGCGCCUUUGGGUGGACUUCCCCGCGCCCUCCGAUAG